AUGCAUCUGCUUUCCGAAUGUCUUCGCGCUUUGAAAUAUCCUGCUUUCUGGAAGAGAGAGGAUUGCCCCUCUCUCAUAAAAUUUUUAGAGUCACGAUUACGUGAUGGUGAUAUUAAUGAUGCAAAAACAGAACACCAUAGUUAUAAAACAGAACUAAAUAUUAUCGCAAAAUACUAUGCUGAAUCAUCCGAGAUCGCGCAGAAAGUACAAAAAUGGAAAGAUAUCUUUAAGGCAACGCUGUUUGGCAGUGGGAAAGAGCGCGUUUCUGUUGAUGAGCAGGCAGUAAAUUGUAUGUUUGUGUCCAAUAAGCAACGAACUCACCAACUACCCUGUCAAGCGUUGUUUGGCAGGGGAAAGAGCGCGUUUCUGUUGAAAGAUAAACAUUCUAAAGAAAUUAAUCUUUUCUGGAAUCUACACCAAAACAUUCAUACUGAGAUCAAGUUACGUGAGGAAAAAGCACAACUACAGCAAAGAAAACUGAACGAUUUGAAAGAUCAAAUCAGUAUUGAACAGACGCAACAUGUACUGGACACAACAAAGGAAACGCUGUCCCAAAACCUAACAUUACAAAAAACAGUCAUUAAACAGCACUUGUUGGGUGAGCCGAAUGUUGAGAAUUUGGAAUUGAUAAUCGGACAAAAACGCAAUUGCGGUUCAGCUUUCCCAAAAAAUAAGGACACGAAUCUUGAUUAUGAUGAUCAUGAGAGAAGGUAUCGGCAAAACUCACCACAGAAGAGGCAAUGCACCGAACCAAUUGCGGAUGCCGAAAACAAUCCGUUUUUUGAAUCAGAGAAUAAUUUGGACAAAGAGAAGGAUAAGUCUAAAUCACAAUCUAUCUCUUCACCUGAGAAUGAGAAUACUCCUCUGAUUCAUAAUAACGUUGAAGACGAGUCACAACAAUGUAAUGACGAUGAAUCGUAUAGUGAAGUAUCCUCGAAUUCGUAUGAUGAAGACUAUUAUUCAAAUUGCGAACUAUCUGAGGAAGUGAAGCGUUUGGACGUGAAUGAUGCACUAAUUCGGAAUAUCUUUCUUGAAGUUCUACAUCAAUUCCGAUCCAAGGAUCUUGAAUCAGGAAAAUCAAUAAUGGAUUCGAAUGUUUUAAACGGAAUAAUUGACAUAACUGAUUCUAGAGUGAAGGAAAAUGGACGAAUCCAUAUAAGAUAUAUGGUUCGACCCCUUCCAUCAGUUUACCUCUACAAUGAAUUUGUAAACUUGAAGCUUCCUAAUACAUUUAACGAUAUGGAACAAUUCUCUUUGGACAUAAAAAUCCUCAUGGAUUUCCAGAAAGAUGUUUUAAAGAUGGUCAAGUCGGUGAACAAGCCCACUAUAAAUGAGAAUGUAUACAAAUCCGAAGUUGAAACGACUCCACAGAAGGGAAAGAAGGCUAAAAGGAAAGGCGGUGUAUCUGCUUAA